UCGUCGUCUCCACUCUCAUUAAUGCGCACUCUUGUCCUCCUCCUCCUCCUCCGCUUCUUAUGCUUCGAGCUUGCUGCUGCUGCUGCUGCGUCGUCGUCGUCGUCGUCGUCUUCCUCGCGCUUCACGCUCGAGUAGCUAGCUAGAGAGAUCUCCUCGAGCUGUUAAGUGCGAAGCUUUCUUUCUUGGUUUCUUGGUGGUGAGUAUCCAUGGCGGGUGACGAGGAGGGCGCCAAGAAAGCCGCCGUGGCCGGUGCGGAUGGCGGCGGCGAUAGAGCGGCGGCGGUGGGGCGCUGUGACUUCUGCGGCGGCUUGCCGGCGGUGGUGUACUGCCGGGCCGACUCCGCGAGGCUGUGCCUGCCGUGCGACCGCCACGUCCACGGCGCCAACACGGUGUCCACGCGCCACGGCCGCGCGCCGCUCUGCUCCGCCUGCCGCGCCGCGCCCGCCGCCACCCGCCGCCGCGGCGGCGCCGCUGCGCGGGGCCUCUUGCUCUGCUCCAACUGCGACUUCGACGGGCUGCGCGGGGACGCCGGCGCCGGCGAGCCGCCGCGCCACGACCGCGCCGCGGUGGAGGGGUACACCGGGUGCCCGUCGAUCGCGGAGCUCGCGGCGAUCCUCGGCGUCUUGGGCGAUUACGGCGACAAGCUGGCCGGCGACGGCGGCUGGAGGUCCGCCUGGGAGGAGCCCCAGGUGCUGAGCCUUGAUGACAUCAUCGUGCCGACCACCUCCUGCCAUGGCUUCCAGCCUCUCCUCACACCAUCCUCCCCUGAGACGACUCCUGUGAUGUUGCACAAGACCCGGAGUUCACCGGACGGGGAGCUGGACGGCGAGGUACUCCGGCAGCUGGGGGAGCUUGCCAAGUUGGAGGAGGCGGCGGCGACGGCGCAGGCCGCCUUUGUGGGAGCUGAGGCGGCCGGUGAUCAGCUACCUUCAUGGGCGUCGCCGGAGUUCACUUCCGGGCAUGGUGAUUUUGGCACUGAGGCUACUAGCCAUGAAGCACCAAGCACUACACUACCUUCUUGUGAGCAUGAAACAUGGAUACCAACUGAUCACACAGACCCUACUGAUGCAAACAAGAUGGAGAUCUCGUGCGAAGAGGUUGCGCUGAGUUCAUCCGCUGAGCCAUGCCUCUCCUCAUUCGUAGAGGUUUCAGAGAUCUUGCCCAGCUUGAGCUGCAGCAGCAAUGGCAGCCAUGAUCCAGCCACCCCAGCUCCGACAACACAAGCUCUUCUGCCCAAGAAGGGCGUCUACGACAUCGCCUACCCUGACCGGGGCAUGGUGAUUUCUCGCUACAAGGAGAAGAGGAAGAACAGAAGAUUCGACAAGCAGAUCCGGUACGAAUCGCGCAAGGCUCGUGCCGAUGGAAGGUUGAGGAUCAAGGGGCGAUUCGCCAAGUCGAGCUAGGCAUAAUAAUUCUUGGUCGGGUUAUGUUAUAUCAGCUUCUUCUAGCAUGGGCACAAAGGGACCUUGCUACACAGUUCAUCCAUAUGUAUGUAUGAUGCAUUGAUCUGUCGGCAGCAUUCUGCUCUGAUUAUCUUUUCUGUCCCCAGCUUGGUAUGGUAGCAUUGUUCAGUAGUAAUAACUUGUGUUGAGGAGAGUUGAUCCAGAUCCAAACCCUUCUGUUUCGCUGUAGAAAAUGUUCAGUGGUGCCAACCUGCUGCCUUGUCCCAAUUCUGGUUUAAGAAUUCCUUACUGGUUAUUGCAAAAGGCUAUAUCUAUGUUACAGAAAUCACUGGAUUUGCAUGGUUUCGAGCCAAUAGAUUGGGCCAAUGCAUGAGAACUUGGCAAACAUUUUAUUUCGAAAAUUUUUCGGAGGUA